CGUGUGCUGGCACAUUGUGUACGCACAAUUCCAUGACGUCAGCUCACGUGAUACACAUAAAUAUGGCACCCGUCGUCUAGAGUUGUUGAGAACAUAAAGCAGAAGAAGGACAAAGGUGUGACGGGGCUAUCUGAUCGAAGCAACGAGAGGUUUGGCUUGUUUAGAAAUUUGUAUCACAUCGGACCUCCCAGCCAUGUCUAAUAAAGAAAACAGUGAUCUCAGCAAUGUUCCUCUCUCAAGUGACAGCGAUCAAGGUGAUCACGCACCGUCUGAGGUCAACAGUGAAAACAACAAAAAUGAAGCUUUCUCAGGAAAUGCAGCACCUAUAAGUCUGGACCCAGAUGCAAACCCUGAAGAUGAAGAGGAAAAGCAAAGAUUGAUAGCCCAGGUUCUGGAAAGGCAAAACACUCUAGAUGAUCUGUCGUCGCGAGUAGACACGGUGAAGGUGGAGAACCUCAAGCUGAAGUCGGAGAACCAGGUGUUGGGCCAGUACAUCGAGAACCUGAUGGCGGCCAGUAGCGUGUUCCAGUCCGCCUCCCCCAAGGCCAAGAAGAAAUAGGUGGGUGCCGUCGCGUGGACCCCGCCGCCCUUCCCAACUUUCCCUGUCGUCUCUUAGUCCACCUCCCCCCCCUGCACUUGAUUUCAAUUUACAGUGGUGCCGCAUUUCUGGAAGUUACUUCUGGAAGUUCCGGAUUUUGGAGCGUUUGUUUGAGUCGUUUUUGUUUCCUGUAACGGUAUGAUGAGAGUUUGUGUACCCCCACCCCCCCUCUUUUGUACAUACAUAAAUAUAUUAUAUAGAUCUUUACUCACUGUGGACUUUUGUGUUUGCUUACAUAUUUGGUAAAUUCUUGACUCAAGGUUUUUUUGAUACAGCCAAGUUAGUAGCCAACUUUUUACUAAUAUUAUCAUUGCUGUUAUUACUGCUAUUAAUACUAUUAUUAUUAUCGUUAUCGUUGUUGUUGUCUUUAUUUUUUGUUUUUGUUGUUCUUAUUUGUGAUACAUGAUGUCUUGGCUUUCUACUCAUGAACUGGACCAGUAGAAUAUUUCCUCCCUUUGAGUGAGCGAAGAAGUCUUUCUGUACAGUGUUUAUUACACCAACUCCAAACUCCCUCAGCGAAUAACCCACUAACUAACUGCAGGUGUAUCAUCAUCGUGCGUAUCUUCUUGGAUAUAUUAUUCCAACCAAAAAUUGCCUGUUUGCGGUUUAGUUAUCUAGUUUUUACUCAUGUGUUUUAAAAUAU